UACCGGAUGUAAAUAAACAUCUUUCCGACCUGGGAAAGUGUCGCUAGCUGGGAAGUUAAUAUUAUAGACGAAAAUAUUAAGAAAGUCUGCGUCUAAAAAAAAACGAGACGCAUAAGAAAAGGCUUGCAAAAGCCUUGCGCCUCUGCUUAAGCUCGGAGUCAGUAGCUGGGAUGCCUAAUUUUUCUCGUUAUUUCACUUUUAAUGGCAGGUGCUGGAAAUUUCACAGUGAGAAGGAAGAUAUAUUCAUCCGACAUCGAAGUGCAAUAAGCUCUCGACAAAGACCUUUACGUGUACUUGUGCAGUAAUAUUAAUCUAUAUUAAAGACUCGAGUGCUUUGGCGCAUGUUUUAGGCGACAGAUAAACGUUGCAAUAAAGUUUAGCAGACAAUUACAUGUUGGAAUCAUAUGAAUACAGCUAACCUACAAUGAAGCUUUUAGAAAAUUCAAGUUUUGAAGCAAUCAAUUCUCAGCUAACAAUAGAGACUGGAGACUGCAAGAUAAUUGGGCGAAUUGAAAGCUACUCCUGUAAAAUGGCAGGAGAAGACAAGCAGAUGUUUAAGCAGUUUUGUCAGGAGGGACUGCCUCAUGUGCUAGAAGCAUUGUCCCCUCCUCAGUCUUCUGGAGUCAGCCCUAACAAACUGAGUCAAAGUCAAAGUGGUGAUGAAGCAGAGGGUCCACUUUCUGACAAGUGCAGCAGGAAGACUCUGUUCUACUUGAUUGCUACCCUUAACGAGUCCUUCAGGCCAGACUAUGACUUCAGCCGCACCCGAGGGCAUGAAUUUAGUAGAGAGCCUAGUGUCAACUGGGUGAUUAAUGCUGUGAACAGUAGCUUGUCUACUGCUGCUGGGGAGGCAUACAGUCACUUGCAAUCUAAGCUCUGGGAGGACAUUGACACUGAGAUCAGUUUGAACGAGUGUGACAUUUACAGCUAUAAUCCAGACCUUGAUUCUGACCCGUAUGGUGAAGAAGGCAACCUGUGGUCCCUCAAUUAUUUUUUCCACAACAAGAGGCUGAAAAGGAUUGUGUUUUUUACAUGCCGCUCUGUUAGUCUUUUUAUGACUCCACGAGACUCGGGAGUUGAAACAGACCAGGACCUGAACCUGGACCUGGACCAAGGCAACUUUGAGGAGGCGGAGAACAACAUGGAUGAGGAGUGGUAUCGGCCAUUAUGUGCCCAGUGAAGAUGUCAUAAAUCCUCUGCCUUGCUCCUGAAUGCCUCUGAAAAACAUUUUUCAUAAAUAAACUUUUGAGAUCUAAUGUCUUUUCCAUUUCAUUUCAAGUAAUUGUUCCUUUCUCUUUAUAAAAUAGGAAAAAUGAAAUAAAAAAUAUUACCCGGAAGAGAUUCACACCUUGGUUUAAUUUUUAAAAAAUUUUAUCGUGUUUGUAUUUUUCAGUAUUUGUUAUUGGAGUUCUUUUUUUGUCACCAAAUUCUGAGGAUCUCUGCAUACUUGCAAAGUAUUACAUGCUUUUUUUUUAUUUUAUUUUUUUAUUUUUAUUUUUUUACAUUUUUUCAAAAUUUCAGUUGAGUGCUUUUUAUAUGAUUAUAAAGUUAAUACUUGUAUUUUAUAUAUAACAGUGUGUUGGAUGAAGCGCUUUAUUCUUUACAGUUUACUUUUAUGAAUGCAUACAUCUGUUUCCAAUUCCAUCCCGUGUCUUCACAAUUGAAUUUGCAAAAUGAAUAUAUUGAUAAAUGUAUUUUCAGUCCAGAAUUAAAACGCCAUUGAAAAGUCUA